CCAUGUCCUGAUAUCCCAGUUAAAUAUAACAAUAUAUAUGGCUAUACACAUUAUAGUACCUUGAUUAAAGAUCUGCACAUAGAAUUAACUCAGUAUAGCCAUUGAUACACACAAGGAUGUCUACUCAGGACUUUCACAAUGCCGCAAUACCGAAUCAAACGACUGUGAAGGAUAUCAAGGUCACUGACGCCAGCCAAGAAGAGGACCAGAUCGCAGUGACACACAAUCUGUCGGUGCUCAUCUCGCAAGCGGCGUUUCUGAGGGGUCCAAAACAAGACCAUAAGUACCCACAGUCACAUUACUAUGUCAAGAUGACAUGUGACGAACAGGUCCGCACGUCUCGCACUAUCUGCAAUGACCCCAAACCCAUGUGGGGUGCACGCUUCGAUGUGGUGUUGAAAGAACAGCUGCCCGAGUACUUCACAUUGGAGUUCUACGACAGCAACAGCCCAGGCGGCAAGACCGAAUUGGUCAACUCGUUGGAAUAUAAAGUCACAGAAGACGACUACAUCCACAAUCACGAGGCAAAUGUUUGGAAGAACUUGGACAAGGGUGGGUCGGUACAGAUUUCCGUGUUUGCGUACAAGGAGGAAAACGUACCGAGCGAGAUGGUACGGAAACGUGGCGAAGUCACCAAUGCCAAAGGCCUGAUGUCCAUCACAGUGGGCAAAAUCAGUGAAAUCACCAUCCACACAAGUAAGCUCAAACGCCCGGUGAAUUGGGUCAAGAGGCAUUUGCGUUCUGGCGAUAGUGCGAGCAAAGAUGGCCAUUACUGCUUUCUGGUGCUAGAGUUGGGUGAAACGGCGUUCAAAACCCAACGCGUGCCCAUAGAUAACCCAGUAUUCAA